AUGCGAUGUCCUGACCAGCUUCAUCCACCGCUCUUUCAGAUCGCCGUCAGCAUGCUGAUCAACACUGGUGAUAGGGCCAUGGAACUUAAGGAGAACACUAUCAUCGUCGUCUUGGGAGCCUCAGGAGAUCUCGCAAAGAAGAAGACAUUCCCGGCACUCUUUGGCUUGUUCCGCAACAAAUUCCUCCCCAAAGACAUCAGAAUCGUUGGAUAUGCCAGAACGAAGAUGGACCACACUGAAUACCUAAAACGAGUCAAAUCAUACAUCAAAACUCCCACCAAGGAUGUUGAGGAACAGUUGGAAACCUUUUGUGAAACUUGCACCUAUCUCUCCGGACAGUACGACCAAGGCGAGCCUUUCCAGGAGUUAGACAAGCAUCUUUCAGAGUAUGAAGAAGGUCGACCAGAGGGAAACAGAGUCUUUUACAUGGCUUUACCACCGAGUGUCUUCAUUCCGGUGUCACAGAACCUGAAGAAACAUUGUUACCCAAAGAACGGUAUUGCGCGGAUUAUCGUCGAGAAACCGUUCGGAAAGGACUUGGGUAGCUCGCGCGAGCUUCAAAGAGCUCUCGAACCUGACUGGAAAGAAGACGAGAUCUUUCGCAUUGACCACUACCUCGGCAAGGAGAUGGUUAAGAACUUACUCAUUCUCCGCUUCGGUAACGAAUUCUUUGGUGCUACCUGGAACCGAAAUCACAUCGACAGCGUUCAAAUUUCUUUCAAAGAGCCGUUCGGCACAGAAGGAAGAGGUGGAUACUUUGACGAGUUCGGCAUUAUUCGUGAUGUCAUGCAGAACCAUCUUCUUCAAGUGCUCACACUACUGGCCAUGGAACGACCCAUCUCAUUCUCUUCCGAAGACAUCCGAGACGAGAAAGUCCGAGUGCUACGUGGUAUUCCUGCAAUCGAGCCCAAGAACGUCAUCAUUGGCCAAUAUGGUAGGUCUUUGGACGGAACCAAGCCCGCAUACAAGGAGGACGACACGGUGCCCAAGGAUUCGAGAUGUCCCACCUUCUGCGCCAUGGUUGCCUUCAUCAAGAACGAGAGGUGGGAUGGAGUGCCCUUCAUCAUGAAAGCUGGCAAAGCCUUGAAUGAGCAGAAGACCGAAAUCCGAAUUCAAUUCAAAGACGUCACAUCCGGAAUCUUCAAGGACAUUCCCCGUAACGAACUCGUCAUCCGUGUCCAACCCAACGAAUCCGUCUACAUCAAGAUGAACUCAAAAUUGCCCGGCUUGUCUAUGCAGACGGUGGUCACAGAGCUCGACCUGACAUACCGAAGACGUUUCUCCGACCUCAAGAUCCCAGAGGCGUAUGAGAGUUUGAUUUUGGAUGCACUGAAGGGUGAUCAUUCCAACUUUGUCCGAGAUGACGAGUUGGACGCGAGUUGGAGGAUCUUUACCCCGUUGCUGCAUUAUCUGGAUGAGAAGAAGGAGAUUAUUCCGAUGGAGUAUCCUUACGGAUCUCGAGGUCCAGCCGUCCUCGACGACUUUACCGCUAGCUAUGGCUAUAAAUUCAGCGAUGCGGCCGGCUAUCAGUGGCCCAUGGCCAAUGCGCCUAAUAAGCUGUAA